AUGUCACACGACACCCUCAAGAGUCCCUCCUGGCUCCGUGCCCAAGGAGCAAAAGUAACUCGCUGGAUCAACAGCCCCACCGAACCAGGCUGUCCAAUCCUAAAGAACACACUAUCCUACGAAGAAAUCGAAGAGAAAACCACCAAGUUCGAACGAAAUGCAAAUAUCGACAUCGAAAUCACUGGACAUACCCUCCUCUUACCACCAUGGGUAGUCGCACCCCCCACAGAAAGAGGAGGAUAUGUGUACUACACAAUGCGAUUCGACAGAGAUCAAUGGACCGGGUUCUUUGCACCCGGUAUCCUUGUUAUCCAAAGCAUGCGUCGAGUCAUACCCGGUACCCCCCAUCCCUCCGAUAUUGCAUUGACUCUUUACGCCAGAGAGCAAGGCCGGCUUGACAAUUUGCGAUACGUUUUUGCCACAACCAUCCUCAAUUGGCAGACUAAGCACUUUAUUUCGCAGGAGUUGUAUGAUUCUUGGCCGGGUGUUGAGCCGCGAUGCUGGGAGUAUGGGACGAAGGAGUAUGAAGGAAUUAUGGGGACGAGGAUUGGACGUACGGUGGCUUAUCUUGUUUUGGGUGGGUUUGAACGGGGAACGCGUCGGAUUGUGCGGAUUGUGACUUACAAUAAGGCUGAUGAGUUAGAUAUUCGGUUUGAUAUUCGACCGGUUACUAACUAG